AUGCGCUGGCUCUUGGAUAGUAGCUGGAGAAAGUUUGGACAUGCAGGAAGGGGCACCUAUGAGUGGAUGACCAGUGAACCUGCAGUACCCCUGGCUGAAACAAAGUUGCAGAGCAAGCAUCACAAUCAAGUUAGUUCUACCAAAGAAGACCUACAGCCAUUCUUAUGCAUCAUACUCCCUACAACAGCAAUGCUGGUAAUAGGGUUUUGUGCACUUUUCCUCUAUCGGAAGUGUCGGCGUAAGAUACCACAAGCCCAAAUCUUUGCCAUAAGUCUCCAGGAGAAUCUUCCGGACAGAGAAAUGGACUUCUUCCCUACUCUACCCUGGAGUACGGAGCCUUUUCACUAUUGUACACUGGUACCUGAUGCCUCUUUUCUAACUAUAUGCUUGCCUCCCCCAUAUGAAGAAGCAGUCCUGAAGGCAUCAAGUGAUUCUUGUAUCAGUAUCUACCAGGAUCCAGUGCCUCCAUAUGAAGAAAGAGCACGCAGGUCAAGCAAAUAA